AUGACUGACUGUGAUUCAAGCCCCGUGUUCUUCUUAUGCUUGACGCUUCCAACGACGCGCUUUAUUCCCUUCGCCACGCCAGUCCCACCCUCUCCGGAUUGGCUUGUCAGAGUUCCGGGACCAGCGGAAGUUGGUUCCGAUUGCAGGGUUGUUGCGCAGCUCAACUCAUUCCCUAGCCUCCCCCCACUCUUCUGUCGAACAGGGGAACUCGGUGGAGCUCUCGAUUGUCUGGCAAUUUUUUUCUCAGAGUUCUACACUUCUGCCAAGGGCAGACUGCCUUUCUGCAAGCGGGCAAACGAGCAAAGUGGGCAGAAGCAGGAUCUGUGGCAACCUUGCAAGGUCGCAGGCUGA